AUGUUAGCAUGUAUUGUUGGCUAUCACUUGAGACGAUUUUUUCCAAUAACUCUUCGUGGAUUCUUUUGCCAGGAUUUUUCUAUUCGAUUUCCUUAUCGCGAUUCAACUGUUGAGACAAAUACUAUUUUUUAUGUUUCUAUUGCAAUUUUGGCUGUUUUGGUAUUUGUUGGCGAAUUCUUUAUUAAUAAGCCAAGGGAUCCUACCAAUCCUGAAUUCUGGCAAUUGGACGUUUUAUUGUGGAAAUUGUUACAAUUUGGAGGAUUUACAACUGUUUGGAUGUUAGGUGCCGGAAUCAAUUUUCUGUUAUUUAAUGUUAUUAAAAUUUCUGUUGGCCGUCUCCGUCCAAAUUUUAUUGCAAUGUGUCAGCCAUAUACCAACGUGACCAAUGCAAAGGAUUGCUUAAUUAAUAAUUCAAAUUAUUUUUUUCCUGGCGAUUUAUUUAAAUGUAACAAAACAACUGAUAUGAAUAAUCCAAGAAUUGUGGAUGGGAGAUGUAGUUUUUAUUCUGGACAUUCUGCUCUUUCUAUUUAUUUUGCUGUGUUUAUUAUCUUAUAUACACACAUUCGUGUUUUCUCAAAAAGUUUUGGUUCUUUUGCUGCUCCAAUUCUUCCUCUUUUAAUUGCUUUAUAUUCAAUAAUUAUUUCUCUUGGAAGUUUUGUUGCUGUUUCGCGAGUUUUUGAUCAUAAACAUCAUCCAUCCGACGUUGCUGUUGGUUUUUGUGUUGGUGCAGCUAUCGCUAUCUUAUCUGUAUUUUUUCAUAGAAAUUUCUUUUUUUCUGCUAGAGAAAUGAAGAAGAAGGAUGUUGGUAAGAAAAGUAGUAAUAGUGUUGUGGAAGUUAAUAUUAUUUCUGAAAAUACUCGGGUUUAG